AUGAAUACGACGGGGACGACUAGGCUGCCGAUUAUUCGGUCAUCAUCAACUGUUGUAUUACCAGCAAACAAUGCAUCUCUUUUUUAUUUUAUUUUAUUUUAUUUUAUUUUAUUUUUUUUUUUUUAUAAUAAAAUGGCACCUAUUCAACUUCCAAUGGAUAGCGAUGAACAACAAAAAGAAACAGGUUGUCUGUCUUCUAUUUUUUCUCGGUUUAAAAGUUCGAAUACCUUAAAUAAGCAAGAUAAAUUUAAUGAGAAAUAUAUUUACUCUGCAGUUGAUCCUAUAAAAGACGAUUUACUGCCACCUUAUGAAGAUAUUAUCAAAAACAUGAAAAAACUUAAUGUCAAAUGUGACAAUGAAAUUGAAUCGAUUGUCAAUAAAGAAAUCGAUUCUAUAAGUUCCGAACUUCGAGAUAUUAGUUUAGACAUUCAUAAACAUGCAGAGACAAGUAUGAAGGAAUUUCAUGCUCAUGAUAUUUUGACUGCUUAUCUCGAAAAAAAGGGUUUCAAAGUGACUCGUCAUGCUUAUGGUUUACAAACUGCAUUUAUGGCUGAGUAUGAUCGUGGUGAUGGCAGAAGGGUUGGUAUUUGUUCAGAAUAUGAUGCUCUUCCCGGUCUUGGACAAGGUUGUGGUCAUAAUUUGAUUGCUAUAAGUGGUCUUGCUAUCGCUCUUGGAAUCAAAGCUGCUUUAGAUAGUGGGAAAGCUUCUGGUAAAGUUGUUUUAUUUGGUACUCCAGCAGAAGAAUUAUCUAUUGGUAAGAUUGUAUUAAUCAAUAAAGGCGCAUUUCAAGAAAAUGUAGAUGUUUGCUUAAUGUUACAUCCUGCUGCUGUUGAUCAUCAAUAUGCUAACUUUAUCGCUAUUCAUGAUGUUAAAGUUGAAUUCUUUGGUAAAGCUAGUCAUGCUUCAGGUUCUCCUUGGGCAGGUAUAAAUGCGUUGGAUGCUCUUGUUCAAGUAUGGAAUGGUAUCAGUAUGAUGCGACAACAAUUAUUACCUACUGAUAGAGUACAUGGUAUUGUUACUAAUGGUGGACAAGCACCUAACGUCAUUCCUGAAUACACAUCUGCUUUCUUCUUUGUUCGUACUACCAAAGCCAAUCAAAUCGAGCGUUUAAUGAAGAAGUUAGAAGCCUGUUUUGAGGCUGCUGCAUUAGCAACAGGUUGUAAAGUGAAAUACACAUGGCGUGAGAUUGGCUUAACAAAGGAUGUCAUUCAAAAUCGACCUCUUGCUGAUUUUUAUGCUCAACACAUGAGCCAAUAUGGUAUCAAGUUCCCCUCUGAAGAAGACCAGUUUAGUGCAGGAGGAGGUUCAACUGAUAUGGGAAAUGUGAGUUAUGAAAUACCUUGCAUUCACCCUACUUAUGGUAUCCAUACUACUGCUUCAAACCAUACUGUUGAAUUUACAAAGGCAGCCAAGACAAUGGAAGCACAUCAAGAUACAUUGGUUGCUUCUAAAUGCAUGGCUUUAACAGGGAUUGAAGUACUUUUAAAUGACACCUUUUAUGAUUCUAUUCAACGUGACUUUAAAGGAAAUCAAUUCUUAUUCAAGGAAAGAAGUACAGCUUGUCGUUAUUAUUAAAUAAUAAUAAAAGAAGGUUAAUUACUUAGCCAUGAUUUAAUGAAUAUAUAAUACGUUCC